AUGAACAUAAACUUUCAAAACACCCAACACAUCAAAUCACAACUUAAAUCGAUUGACGUAAAAAAACGAGACAUGCCAAGUUUCAAUUGCGAUGGCUGUGGUGAUGUAAUUAAAAAACCAAAAUUAGAUUCACAUUCAUAUAGAUGUCAAUCAAGUUUUACUUGUUUAGAUUGUUCCAUAACUUUUAGAGAUUCAUCUACAUGGAAAUCCCAUACAUCAUGUAUAACAGAAGCCGAAAAAUUUGAAAAGUCGGUUUAUAAAGGACCUAAAGGACCAAAGGAACCUAAAAUUAAAGCCAAUCAAUCGAAACAAACUUUUAAUCGAAACACAGAAAGUCAUAGUUGA